AAUUAAGUCACUUAAGACUCAGUAUCCUUCUAACAACCCCCAGCCCAGCCAAACAGGGGACACCAGGGGAAAUGACAGAUGCCAGGCCACAAAACCUGAUACCUGGGGCCAGAACUACAGUUCCCACCACGCAGCGAGGCAGGAGGAAGAAGGGGCACCGAGGGCUGCAAAGGAAACCAAGAGAAGAAGACAGCAUUACCUCUGGCUAGCACAGGUGAGAGAGGGAGACAGGUCUAUUCCAGGUGAUCAGAGUCAUGCAGUUCUACAGCUCAGCCAGGGCAGCAGAUGAGAACUUUGACUAUUUGUUCAAGGUUAUCCUCAUUGGGGAUUCUAAUGUGGGGAAGACAUGUGUGGUUCAGCAUUUCAAAUCUGGGGUCUACACUGAGACACAGCAGAACACCAUCGGGGUGGACUUCACUGUGCGCUCCCUGGAGAUUGACGGCAAGAAAGUAAAGAUGCAGGUGUGGGACACCGCGGGCCAGGAGCGCUUCCGCACCAUCACCCAGAGCUACUACCGCAGCGCCCACGCGGCCAUCAUCGCCUACGACCUCACGCGGCCGUCCACGUUCGAGUCGGUCCCUCACUGGAUUCACGAGAUAGAGAAGUACGGAGCGGCUAACUUGGUCAUCAUGCUGAUCGGAAACAAAUGUGACUUGUGGGAAAAGCGGCACGUCCUGUUCGAGGACGCCUGCACACUGGCUGAGAAGUAUGGCCUCCUGGCAGUUUUGGAAACAUCCGCCAAGGAGUCCAAGAACAUAGAUGAAGUCUUCGUGCUGAUGGCCAAGGAGCUGAUUGCCCGAAACAGCCUGCACCUGUAUGGGGAGGGCGGCCUGCACAGUCUGCUCACAGACUCCAGUCCAGUUCUUAUAGCCCAGGGUCCGAGUGAGAAGAGCCACUGCACCUGCUGAAUACGUGGGUGAGGCCAAUUUGGAAAGCAGAGGCAGUCAGAUACCCAGUGUCCCCUGUGUAGCACUGCAGGACAAAUGCAGCCUUGCCACUGACCCCUGAUCCCUCCAGCCUGAAGGAACAGCACUUCUGCCUUGACUCACACCACAGACUCCAAGGGAACACCAUCAUCUUUCUUAACUCCUAGUAAAAUUUGAACUUAUACAGGG